GCCCCGCCCCUUUCCCGGCGGGACGCUGCGAGCCGGCCCCCGACGUGCGCCGGCCAGGCCCAGGAAGUCAUAUCCCAUGGGAUUAUGUGGUAACUGAUCUUGAUACAGAGAAAAUUAAAGGAUGAUGGCUUCAUUCCAGCGCUCCAAUAGUCACGACAAAGUAAGGAGGAUAGUCGCGGAGGAGGGUCGUACAGCAAGAAACCUGAUAGCGUGGAGUGUGCCGCUCGAAAGCAAAGAUGAUGAUGGAAAACCUAAAUGCCAAACUGGUGGAAAAUCUAAGAGGACAAUUCAAAGCACUCAUAAAACUACUAAACAGAAUGCUGCAGUAGACUGUAAAAUAACACCCACAGCAGGAGAUAAACACUUUGAUAAAAGUCCUACUAAGACGAGGCACCCACGGAAAAUUGACUUAAGAGCUCGCUACUGGGCAUUUCUUUUUGACAACCUUCGCAGGGCAGUUGAUGAAAUCUAUGUCACUUGUGAAUCAGAUCAGAGUGUGGUGGAGUGUAAGGAGGUGUUGAUGAUGCUGGAUUACUAUGUGAGAGAUUUCAAAGCAUUGAUUGACUGGAUUCAGCUUCAGGAAAAACUUGAGAAGACAGAUGCUCAGAGCAGACCGACCUCACUGGCAUGGGAAGUAAAGAAGAUGUCUCCAGGACGUCAUGUGAUUCCAAGUCCAUCCACAGAUAGAAUAAGUGUAACACCAAGUGCUCGAAGAAGCUUAAAUUUUGGGGGUUCGUCUGGCACAGUGGCUGCUCCACGUCUGGCUGCCACAGGUGUCAGCUGGGCUGAUAAGGUCAAGGCUCAUCAUACAGGCUCGGCCACGCCUCCAGACGCAGCGCCUGCUCAGCCCUGCCCACCAACAGCACUGCACAAGAGCUCCCGGAAGAAUGACCGGAAAGAUGCUGAAGGAUGGGAGACUGUUCAGAGAGGAAGGCCAGUUCGUUCUCGAUCAACAGCAGUGACUCCUAAAGUUUCAUUAGUAUCAGAAGCCUUAAGGUCAAAGGAUGAUAGUGAUAAAGAAAAUGUGUGUAUUUUACCUGAGGAAAAUGUACAGAAAGGUGAACUUAUUGAAGAGAGAUCGUCUAUUAUAGAAUCUCGGCCCAAAGACUCAUUACACUCUUCUGACCAUCCUCUUGCUGAAAGAACCCAGUUCACAGUAGAUACAUUGGAUGAUGUCAAGAGUUCUGGCAGUGGUCACAGCAGUCCUGGGCAAACUUCUGAAGUACCUUUUGUUCACAUUGAUCCGGAAUGCGUUUCCAUUACUCAGCAAGCUGUCACACAUUUGCAAGCCGAGGAAGACAGAUUGUCAGCAGAGAAAACAAGGAUAGAAAGUGAAAUGGACCCUUCUGAUAUUUCAAAUGUGAGUGCUGCUAACUUGUCCAUGGCAGAAGUCCUUGCUAAGAAAGAAGAGCUAGCAGAUCGUCUGGAAAAGGCCAAUGAAGAAGCCAUUGCCAGUGCUAUUGCUGAAGAAGAGCAGUUAACGAGAGAGAUUGAAGCUGAAGAGAACAAUGCUAUCGAAACUGAUAAUGACAGUGACUUUUCUGCCAGCAUGGGCAGUGGGAGUGUGUCUUUCUGUGGUUUGUCUAUGGACUGGAAUGAUGUUCUUGCAGAUUACGAAGCUCGUGAAUCGUGGAGACAAAAUACGUCUUGGGGGGAUAUUGUAGAAGAGGAACCUGCCAGACUUCCAGGGCAUGGAAUUCACAUGCAUGAAAAACUGUCUUCACCAUCCCGUAAAAGAACAAUUGCAGAAUCUAAGAAGAAGUAUGAAGAAAAACACAUGAAAGCACAACAAUUAAGGGAAAAAUUACGUGAGGAGAAAACAUUAAAGCUUCAAAAACUACUAGAAAGGGAGAAGGAUGUCCGGAAGUGGAAGGAAGAAUUACUAGAUCAACGACGUAGGAUGAUGGAAGAGAAAUUGCUCCAUGCUGAAUUUAAAAGGGAGGUGCAAUUACAAGCAAUCGUGAAGAAAGCACAGGAGGAGGAAGCUAAGGUAAAUGAAAUUGCCUUCAUAAAUACCCUUGAAGCCCAGAAUAAGCGUCAUGAUGUUUUAUCUAAAUUGAAGGAGUAUGAGCAGAGGCUCAAUGAAUUACAGGAAGAGCGUCAGAGACGACAAGAAGAGAAGCAAGCACGUGAUGAAGCUGUGCAGGAACGCAAAAGAGCCCUUGAGGCAGAACGGCAGGCCCGUGUGGAAGAAUUGCUGAUGAAGAGGAAGGAGCAAGAAGCCCGAAUUGAACAACAGAGGCAGGAGAAGGAAAAAGCCCGGGAGGAUGCCGCCCGGGAAAGAGCUAGAGACAGGGAAGAACGGUUAGCAGCACUCACCGCAGCUCAGCAAGAAGCUAUGGAAGAGUUACAGAAAAAAAUUCAGCUCAAGCACGAUGAAAGUAUUCGAAGGCACAUGGAACAGAUUGAACAAAGGAAAGAAAAAGCUGCUGAGUUAAGCAGUGGGCGACAUGCAAAUACUGAUUAUGCCCCCAAACUGACCCCUUACGAGAGGAAGAAGCAAUGUUCUCUCUGCAAUGUCCUGAUCUCUUCGGAGGUGUAUCUCUUUAGCCACAUUAAAGGGAAACGGCAUCAGCAAGCUGUGAGGGAGAACAGCAGCAUCCAGGGCCGGGAGCUUUCAGAUGAAGAAGUGGAGCAUCUUUCCUUGAAGAAGUAUGUUGUUGAUGUGGUGAUUGAAAGUGCAGCUCCACCAGAGCCUGUGAAAGAUGGAGAGGAACGACAAAAAAACAAGAAAAAAGCUAAAAAGAUAAAAGCCCGGAUGAAUUCCAGGGCUAAGGAAUAUGAGAGUUUAAUGGAAACAAAAAAUAAUGGCUCUGAUUCACCUUAUAAGGCAAAGCUUCAACGAUUAGCCAAAGAUCUUCUAAAACAACUCCAGGACAGUGGCUCAUGGGCAAACAACAAGGUUUCCGCUUUGGACCGGACCCUAGGAGAGAUUGCUAGGAUACUGGAAAAAGAGAAUGUGGCAGAUCAGAUUGCAUUCCAAGUUGCUGGUGGAUUAACAGCCCUUGAACACAUCCUUCAAGUGGUGAUCCCAGCCCCAAAUGUGAACACAGUUUCACGAAUUCCUCCCAAGUCUCUCUGCAAUGCAAUCAAUGUUUACAACCUCACCUGCAGUAACUGUUCAGAAAACUGCAUGGAUGUUCUGUUUAGUAACAAGAUUACCUUCUUAAUGGAUCUCCUCAUACACCAGUUGACGGUUUAUGUUCCAGAUGAAAAUAAUGCUAUUUUGGGAAGAAAUACAAAUAAACAGAUUUUUGAAGGCUUGACAACUGGGCUUCUUAAAAUCAGUUCUGUGGUUUUUGGCUGCCUGAUUGCCAAUCGACCAGAUGAAAACAGCCAGCCAGCUACACCAAAAAUAUCAACACAGGAAAUGAAAAACAAACCCUCUCAAGGUGAUGCUUUUAACAGUCGAGUUCAAGACCUUAUCAGCUACGUGGUGAACAUGGGCCUCAUUGACAAACUGCAUGGCUGCUUCCUGUCAGUGCAAGGCCCUGUGGACGAGAACCCCAGAAUGGCCACUUUCCUGCAGCAUGCCACGGGACUGCUACAUGGAAUGUGUGUGCUGUGCCUUGCGGUCACUGGAAGGUCCUACAGCGUAUUUGACAAUAAUCACCAGGAUCCCACAGGGCUGACAGCUGCUCUUCAGGCCACAGACCUGGCUGGAGUUCUACACAUGCUCUACUGCGUCCUCUUCCAUGGCACCAUCUCGGACCCCAGCACUGCCAGCCCCAAGGAGAGUUACACACAGAACACCAUCCAAGUAGCCAUUCAGAGUUUACGUUUCUUCAACAGCUUUGCGGCUCUUAAUCUGCCUGUUUUUCAGUCUGUUGUAGGGGCAGAGGGCUUGUCCCUUGCAUUCAGACACAUGGCCAGCUCCCUACUGGGCCACUGCAGUCAAGUGUCCUGUGAAAGUCUCCUCCAUGAGGUCGUCGUCUGUGUGGGCUACUUCACUGUCAACCACCCAGAUAACCAGGUCGUGGUGCAGUCGGGCCGCCGCCCCACCGUGCUGCAGAAGCUCUGCCAGCUGCCCUUCCAGUACUUCAGUGACCCUCGCCGGGUCAAAGUGUUGUUCCCCUCUCUGAUCGCUGCUUGUUACAACAACCUUCAGAACAAGGUCAUUCUGGAGCAGGAGAUGAGCUGUGUGUUACUGGCCACAUUCAUUCAGGAUUCUGCACAGACUCUGGGACAGGUAGAUAAUCAUUCUUACCAGCCCAAAGGAAAAUGCCUUGAUUCCCAAGACUAUCUGGAGCUGGCUAACAGAUUUCCUCAGCAGGCCUGGGAAGAAGCUCGACAGUUUUUCUUGAAAAAGGAGAAAAAAUAAUUUUUUUUUUUUUUUGCUGAUUCUGAUUUUGAAUACUUUUGUUAGUAUUUUAACUUGUUCAGACAACCAUUGUAACUGUUCCCGGAGGAGAUCUUCCCCGCGCGGCCAUGCUCUGCUCCACACUGUAGAAAUGGGCAAACUUGGAACUGUUUCUAAUGACUGUACAUACUUUAUGUUCCUCCUAAUUCACAAGUUAAGUCUCGUUUAUAUUUUGGAGUUUGCUAACUUCCAUACUAUGAUAAUAUAUUAUUUGUAAUAUGGGUAAAAUUAGAUAAAAAAUCAACAAGUCUGUUCUGUUCUUGUAAUAAAAUGGCAUUCUGUUUUCAGUGUUGAUUUUUCAUGUUAAAGCAAAGCAAAUUUAAAAGGAAAGUGCUUAUUCCAACUCCUGACGUAUCUCAAUUAAAAGCCUAAAGUUUAA